ACAACAACAUUGAAUAUCUUCUCCUGUUGAACAAACCACUUACUAUUCAAUUGACAAACAUGUUUAUACAUUUUACCACUGUCUGUGUUGUGCUUAGCGCUUCACUCAUGUUGUCGUCUGCUUUACCAUAUGGUUUUCAUAACUUCAGAUCAUCCUAUCGUGGUGGCUAUGGGUUUGGUGAUAUUGGCGGCACGUACAGCAGAUUUCCAGGUUUUGGAGGUGCUUAUUCAGCUUUUCCGGCGUAUGGUGGAAUACAUCAUCCACACAAUACAGUAAAUUACCACCGCCAUGUAACACCGUACUCAUACGGAGGUAGAGGAUUCCUAAAUAACUUUCUUAGUGGGUCAACAUUACCAUCGAUGGCUCUCGGGUUUUUAGUCGGAAAGGCCUUAUGAAGAUACCAAAGACAGUUACUUGAUAUUACCAAAGACUAGAAGACGUUUUUUAAAUUGAUAAUGCAGAAGUCAAAAAUGGAUAAUUGUUAUGAAGUAAAUGAUGCUUUAAAUCAA